GAUACUGUAGAAAAACCCAAUAACCUUAUCCCAAGAAAAAUAUCGUCUUUGUGAACCGCCAGCCAUUAAUGCCCUUGAAGCGUCACGGAAAUCAAUUGUAACAGAUAUAAAUAAACCCACAUGUGACAGAUAAUUCACUUUAUUUGGGAUUGGCGGCUUUGGGGAAGAAAAAUAAUGGGUAUUGUGGAAGAAGCUCACAACGUGAAGGUUUUGGGGGCAGGGGAUGGUGUCAUAGUUUUGGCCCAUGGAUUUGGGACCGACCAGUCGGUUUGGAAGCACUUAGUUCCUCACCUGGUGGAGGAUUUGCGUGUGGUUUUGUAUGAUAACAUGGGAGCUGGAACUACCAACCCAGAAUACUUUGAUUUCAAUCGUUACGCUACUCUUGAAGGUUAUGCUUAUGAUUUGCUUGCUAUACUUGAAGAGCUCCAGGUUGAUUCCUGUAUUCUUGUUGGUCAUUCUGUUUCUGCCAUGAUUGGUGCCAUCGCCUCCAUUUCUCGCCCUGAUCUCUUCUCCAAAAUCAUCAUGAUCUCUGCUUCCCCCAGGUAUCUGAAUGAUGUGAAUUACUAUGGAGGAUUUGAGCAAGAAGACUUGGAUCAACUUUUCGAUGCAAUGGGAGCCAACUACAAAGCCUGGUGUUCAGGGUUCGCACCGCUAGCCGUGGGAGGGGACCUGGAAUCCGUGGCGGUUCAAGAAUUCAGCCGUACCCUCUUCAACAUGAGACCUGACAUAGCCCUUAGCGUGGCUCAAAUCAUAUUCCAAAGCGACAUGAGACAAUUCCUCAGCCUUGUCACGGUCCCUUGUCACAUCCUCCAAAGUGUCAAAGACUUGGCUGUCCCGGUCGUCGUGUCCGAGUACUUACACCAAAACCUGGGUGGCGAAUCCAUCGUUGAAGUCAUGACAUCCGAUGGUCACCUUCCUCAGCUUAGCUCCCCUGAGAUCGUUAUCCCAGUGCUCCUUAGGCACAUUCGUUUCGAUAUCAAAGCAUGAAAUCAAGUACUACUACCAGUUCGGUUAAAGCUAAAUCAGGGUUAUUUUAGUACUAAUCUUGUUUUCAAUUUUAAUAAUCUUGAAAUGUUAAUCUCAAGUUGAAAAGAAGUUAAUUAUGAUUUGAAGCUAAUUCCAUUGGCGACCGUAAGGCGGCUGGGAUUUUCUUUUUC